UAUUUAAAAGCGAAGAAAGAAAAAAGGCAACGGAAUUUGCUUUGCCUUUUGUCAUUCGCAUCAGUUCAACGCGCACAGAGCACGCACGCAGAGAGAGAGAGAGAGGCUGAAGUGCUUGGCUUUCUCGCAUCGGCGAAAGGAUGAAGAAGGAGGACAUGGUGAAGCUGAUCAGCUCCGAGGGCUUCGAGUUUGUGAUCGACAAAGAAGCCGCCAUGGUUUCCCAGACCAUCUACAACAUGCUCACCUCCCCAGGGAGCUUUGCGGAAACGCAGCAUGGAGAGGUGACUUUCCCUGAGAUCAGCACAACCAUUUUAGAGAAGAUCUGCAAGUAUUUCUAUUGGCAUCUUCAAUUUGCCAGUGGAAAGGAGACUGAGUUCCACAUUGAACCUGAAUUGACUCUGGAGCUGAUGAUGGCUGCCAAUUAUCUUCAUACUUGAAUUAUCACUUCUUUGCCUUUUUUGUGGCAAGUCCUGCUCAACAUCUGAUGAUGUAAUAAGGAAGCUCAAGGACGACAUUGUUGCCCAAGAAGGUUUAAAAACUAUAUGAAUUUCGUGUAUGUAGCUGAACUCACUCUGCAGUCUGCACUGCAAUGUAGUAUAUUAUAAGAUUCAAGUUACAUUUGAUUGUUACACUUAGAAACAGUUGUAGAAAAAUUCAGUCAAGUGCUAAUUGGAUGAUGUAAAGUUGCUCACGUAGACUAACUAAUUAGAAUGGCAUGUCUUAAUAAGCAAGACAUGAUUUAAUGAUAUGGUUUUUGUUAA